AUGCCGGCCUUAAACGUAUUGUUGCGUCACACCAUUAGUGCGCAUCUAGCCGUCUUUUGGCAACGAAAAAGGAAGAAUUGUAUGUGGCACACCAAAAACCAAUCUUCAUUGGCCUCCACGGCCGCAACCGUAGGAACAGCAACGGCGGCCGCGUCUGUUGGUGGUGGUGGUGGGGGGAUUGUCAUCUGUAGCGGAUCUACCGUGAGCUCAAACACCUUUUCAGAUCACCAUCAGCAGCCUGUCCCGACGUUUGAAAAUCCCUCCUUCCCACAGCAACAGCAUCCUCCUGCCAAAAUGGUCAAUCGUCUCAAGUCGCUGGUGAGUAAGAAGAAAAAGCGUUUUCAAGCUGAUGGUUUCGAUUUGGAUCUCAGUUACAUCUCCCCACGCAUUAUUGCCAUGGGCUUUCCUGCGGAACGUAUCGAGGGUCUCUAUCGCAACCACAUCGACGAGGUCUCACGGUUCUUUGAGAUGAGGCAUAAGGGCCACUACAAGAUUUACCAUCUGUGCAACGAGAGGGAUUUCAAUGAGUAUCGCUUCUCGGGGCCAGUUGUGCGCUAUCCCUUCUCCGAUCACAAUGCUCCCCAAUUUGAGCAAAUUCUUGCCCUCUGUCAGGACGUCAUGGAGUUCUUGAAACAGCAUCCCGAGAACGUGGUGGCUAUCAACUGCAAGGCCGGCAAGGGCCGUACGGGAGUGAUGGUGUGUGCGUGCCUGAUGGAACUGCAGGAGGCAAGGAACGCCGAGGAGGCGCUAAGGCUGUACGCAGAGAAGCGGACACGUAACGGUCAGGGUGUGACCAUCCCCAGUCAGCGACGCUAUGUUCAAUAUUACAGCCGUCUCCUCUCCUCCGCCCUCACCUAUGAACCCACACCCCUUCGUCUGACUACUAUUCGCAUUGAGGGCCUUCCGCAUCAGCUUCAUGGUGCACAAAGUUUCGAACUGAGUAUUUCGACUUACGAGAACCGGUUGUCAAUCAAUCACUACCACGAUCCCACUUCAAUGGAGGAGGUCUCUCAUUCCCAGGGCAACUCUGUCACCCCCAUUACUGCCGCCGUAGCUACCAUCACUCCUGUCCCUGCUGUCAGCGGUACUGUUGCUGGUACAACAGACAAUCCCGACUACGACUGCCAUCGUCAUUCAGACGUGACCACAUACCAAAUCCCCUGCUCCACCCAUCAUAGCAACAGUGGUAGCUACCUCAUUCGUCUUGACGAGCCGGUAACUGUGUUCGAGGAUUUCAGGAUAAAGAUCAAGGCCAAGAGUGGUGUGCUCACCAAGAAGAUUGGCCAGUGUUGGCUUAACACCUUUUUUAUACUCCUGAAUGAUCCUGCCACUACUCCUACUGCUUCUGCCGCUAGCAUAUCUUCCACUGCCGUCACAUCCACAGGCUGUUGCUCCACGUCUGAUUCGAACUCUGGUUCUGGCUCUUCCUCUGAUUCCUCAGCUUCGACAGCCUCUUCUACCUCUUCGUCGGUACGAAAUUCUCCGCCUCAUUUUACCAGAGUGAAUGAGGAAGAGGAGGAGGAGGAGUUGGUGGAUGAGGAGGAAGAGGAUGAUGAAGAACUCCCAACGCUCACCUCGAAUUCCACGCUUCUUCAUCCGUCACCACCUCCUUCCUCUCCUCCUCCAAUUAUUCCUCCCAAUCAUGCAGGUUCCGCAGUAAUGAUGUGUCGCAGUUCAAAUCCCUUCCGUUUUGCUGCUUCAAAGGCUGGCGUCUCUAUGCCGUUUAUCUCCAUUCCAAAGAAGGAUAAUGGGCCCUCGUCCUAUAGCAGUUACACCAAAAAGAGCUCUCCCAACGCAAAUCUCGUGCUCGCUCCCUCCAUGUCUACUCAACUGGCUACUCCGUUAGCGGUAAGGGUUCUCGAGUUGUCCCAAACCGAACUGGACGCCGCAGCCAAGGUCAGAGGCAAAAAGGGAGAAGAGUUUAAGGUCCUGUUCGAGUUCAUUCGUGAAACGCCCUGCUCUCAAUCGGUUUCGACUUGCAGCAGUGUGAACUCUUCGAAUCCAACUACCUCUUGUUCUUCCCAGAGGCCAGUGGUAAUGGACCUGGCAGGUGUGGAAGAGGUGAUGGAGGUGGAGGAGCGGAUCAAAGGUACCACCUCGCUGCCUACUACCUACCUCCAGCAUCACCACCAUUCCUUCCAUUCUCCCGCUGAAUCUACGACAAAUCAAACUGGUGCUCUGGUCUCGUGCUCCGCCUCCGGGUCAUGCGAGCAGCCUCCAGGCUCUGCUGCACGUCGAAAAUACUUAUUCGAUCCGAGUAUUAUUUAUGCUUCCGUCUUCGGAGAAGUUGCGGGGCUCUACACUACAUCCUUUAUUUCGGUUAACUGA